AUGAAACUCAUAGUAGCUGGAGCCACCGGUUCGGUAGGAAGGGAGAUUAUCAGACAAGCUUUACAGCACAGCGAUGUUACCCAACUUAUCGCCUUAGCUCGCAAACCUGUUCAGAUAGAGAAUGCCAGCAGUUCGACAAAGUUGAAGAAUAUACUCAUCAGUGACUACGAGAAGUACUCAGACGAAGUCAAAACCGAGCUGGCCGGAGCAGACGCAUGUAUCUGGGCUGUGGCUAUAACGCCUUUUCGCAGCAAAAGUUUCGAUUUUGCAGAAGUCAAGCGCGUAUGUCAGGACUGCACCUUAGCGGGAUUCAAGGCAAUUUAUGAAGCCGGACCUGCACGCCCAUUUCGCUUUCUCUAUUUCAGCGCUGAGGGCACGCCACGAGAUCCGUCACAACGGCCGUUCUUUCUGGGAGAUUAUCAAAUCAUGCGUAGUGAGACUGAAAAUAUGGUGCGGAAGUUUGCGACUCAGUAUGCAGGGGCUCAGGUCUGUAUUGCUCAUCCUGGUGUAGUGACAAGCUCAACGACAUGGUUGAUGGCUUUGCUGGCUUCCGUGUUUCGUAUGUUGAAUUUAUUCACCAGAGCAAUUCCGAACGUGAGCCAACGUGAGCUUGUAGCUGCGGUGUUGAACCAGGCUUUGUAUGGCUUUGAGAAGGAAACUCUUUCCAAUAAUGACUUGGUUCGCCGUGGUCAAUCCGCGCUUCGGGUGAAGGAAACGAAGUAG